CUUUCUUUUUUCUCACUCUUUCUCUUUUUCUACUCUCUCCAGAAAAUAAAGGAAAGGAAAAGAAAAGAAAAAGAGAGUGUGGGUAAAUAGAGGACAGAACAAAAGCAGCAUCACCAGAAACCGUUGGUUGAUAGAUCUGGAAGUAGAAGAAGGAGAAGAAGAAUGGGGCAUAACCAGAACCAGAGAUCUCUGAUCUACGCGUUUGUUUCUCGGGGAAGCGUGAUUCUUGCGGAGUACACUGAAUUCAGUGGAAACUUCAAUUCAAUCGCGUUUCAGUGCCUCCAGAAACUUCCAACUUCCAACAACAAAUUCACUUACAACUGCGAUGGCCACACCUUCAAUUACCUCGUCGACAAUGGCUUCAGUUCAAAUGAAUGUGUCUUACUUUUUGGAUUUGGUGUUGUAUUUGUAGCGUAUUGCGUUGUUGCGGAUGAAUCGGUCGGAAGACAGGUUCCUGUGGCAUUUCUAGAGCGUGUUAAGGAUGAUUUUGUUUCGAGAUAUGGUGGUGGAAAGGCUGCUACAGCUCCCCCUAACAGUCUUAACAAGGAAUUUGGGUCCAAAUUGAAGGAGCAUAUGCAGUAUUGUGUUGAUCAUCCCGAAGAGAUAAGUAAGCUUGCCAAGGUGAAAGCUCAGGUUUCUGAAGUCAAAGGUGUUAUGAUGGAGAAUAUUGAAAAGGUUCUGGACAGGGGGGAAAAGAUAGAGCUUCUGGUUGACAAGACUGAGAACCUUCAUCACCAGGCACAAGACUUCAAGAAUUCGGGGACCAAAAUCCGUAGAAAAAUGUGGCUGCAAAACAUGAAGGUAAAGCUGAUUGUAUUGGCAAUUUUGAUUGCUCUGAUCUUAAUAAUAGUCCUCUCGGUCUGCCGUGGGUUCAAUUGUGGAAAAUAAGCACAUUGUCCGAAGCAUUUUAUCUUGUUAUUUCCUUCUUGUGAUUGUAUAUGAGGAAAAAUAUCAAAUGCAUGACAUGAUUUUGUAUGUAGUGAAGAUAUCAGAUCCCUUAUACUGUUCACUUUUGAGAUUUUACAAUUUGAUACAAGAAUGCUUUUGAAAAUAUAAAUUUGGUU